CGGCAGGGGACAGAGCACCCCACGUUUUCAGACCCCCCCAUCUGCCUGGAUUCCCAGAAAAAAACCUUGGUCUCCCUGCAGCUGGGGACUGAGGAGGCAGGCGGUUGAGGAAGAGGAAGUUGGGGUACAGUUGGGUAACCUUGAGCGCUCCCGGCUUGGGCUGGCUUGAAACUUUGGCCUUGGUCACGGGGGUCCGGCAGAAGCUGGGGGCCAAGCUGGGGGCCCAUCUCACACACAACCAGGCUAUCUGGGUCAGAGCCCAAGUCAUGUAACCAGCAGCCCUUUGACUCUGGAGCUGCCCCCAAGAGCAGACGGGAACCCUGGAGGCCGGAGAACCCAGAUUCCUUCUCCACCAUGGAGGAUGAGCAGGAGGACAGUUUCCCAGGAGGGCUCAGCCAGAGCUCAGAAGAUCUCAGCCUGGAUUUGGAGGCCCUGCGGGGUAGCGAGUAUUUCCAGGACCUGGGCUUAGGGGACCCUUCCCACAGCCAGCCUGGAGGGGCGACAGAGAGCAGGACUCCUGGCAAAGAAACUAAGAGAGAUCCAACCUUGUCCAGCUCAGCAGGGGCCCAAGUCCUGCCGAGGAGACGAAGCUGGGAGAGGUCUCGGAGUUGUUCAGGGAGCAGGCGGAGGCUCAGUCUGGACACUCCAGAUAUGGGGCCCUGUCUCCCACGCUGGCUGGCUAGCCUGGCUCUUAAUCUGUCAGGAGAGGGCUUGAAGAGUUGGACCCAAGGGGGUGUGUCUGGAGACAGGAGCCCAGCAGAACACCCAGACAAGGAAUCGGGCAGCCUGGAGAAGAAAGUAUUACGGUCCAGAUCCGUGCCCCUGGCCUGCGAGGACAUCGGUUGUCUGGAGCUGGCUCCAGAGUGUGAAGUGUGCACUUUACCUGGCCAAGAACUACAGCCCCCAGUGCUGCAAUGCCUAGAGAAGGACCACGUGGAACCCAACCAUGUGUUGAUGGUACAGGAAGUGCUUCAAGAACUUCGACAGUACCAUGGGGCCCGGCAGAGGGCUCACCUGUCCACCAGCCCUGGGGGACCCCAUUCCAGCCUCACCUGGUUUGAGUUCCUGUCUGAGAACGAAGAUGGCGCAAGCAAGAAUGAGAAGACAGACAAGAGCACCCGGGUGAAGCGGAGCCUGAGCUCCCUCCGCAGCCGGGUCACCAGGCAGAAGGAGAAGGGGAAGAGCCUAGUUCUCAGAGACAAGGCUCAGGAUGCUCGUGAGAGGCGUGAGUGUGCCAACGGCCACCAGCUGGUACCAGGGACCUUCUCCAGCCAUUCCAGCUGUCCCUUGUGUGACAAGCCUUCGCUGAGCUCUGCAUCGCUGAAGGAGCAGCCUCCGCGGGCCACCCUCCUGUCCCAUGGCAGCCCGGUCCCCGCCAGGAAUGUCGGCAUGACGGUCGCUCAGAAAGGGGGACCCCAGACAACAUCAAGCCCAGCCGGAACUGGGGUACGAUUCGGACCAGCCACAGGAGAGAUGGAUGAAGCUGACUCUGUGUUCCUAAAACUGAAGCAGGCAGCCGACGACUCUCUGUCACUUACACCCUCCAAUGCAGACUCAGUUUUCCUGGAAGAUCCCUACACUGCCUCACUGAGGAGCGAGAUAGAAGCUGAUGCCCACGAGUUCGAGGCUGAGUCCUGGAGCCUGGCAGUAGACUUGGCAUAUGCCAAAAAACAAAAGAAAGAGGUGGUGAAGAGGCAAGAUGUCCUUUAUGGUAAGAAAAUUGGCAACUUUUCCAUUGUUCGGCGGCUUGGCGUGCAGGAGUGUAUUCUCCUGGUUACCCAGCGCAUAACCAAAUACCCGGUGCUGGUGGAGCGCAUUAUUCAGAACACAGAAGCUGGCACAGAGGAUCAUGAAGACCUCACCCACGCCCUGAACCUCAUCAGAGACAUCAUCUCCCAAGUGGAUGCCAAGGUGAGCGAGUGCGAGAAGGGCCAGCGCCUCCGGGAGAUCGCUGGGAAGAUGGACUUAAAGUCCUCCAGCAAACUCAAGAAUGGGCUCGCCUUCCGCAAGGAGGACAUGCUGCAGAGGCAGCUGUACCUAGAGGGCGCCCUCUGCUGCAAGACCACAUCUGGACGCCUGAAAGACAUCCUUGCCGUCCUGCUCACUGACGUGCUUUUACUACUGCAAGAAAAAGAUCAGAAAUAUGUCUUUGCAUCCGUGGACUCCAAGCCACCUGUCAUCUCUCUACAAAAACUCAUCGUGAGGGAGGUGGCCAAUGAAGAGAAAGCUAUGUUUCUGAUCAGCGCCUCCCUGCAAGGGCCUGAAAUGUAUGAAAUCUACACCACCUCCAAAGAGGACAGGAACACCUGGAUGGCCCACAUCCGGAGGGCAGUGGAGAGCUGUCCUGAUGAGGAGGAGGGACCCUUCAGUGAGGCCGAGGAAGAGAGAAAGGCAGUAGAGGCACGAGCCAUGAGACUCAGGGACUUCCAAGAGCGGCUAAGCCUGAAGGACCAGUUAAUCACUCAGAGCCUCCUGGAGAAGCAGCAGAUCUACAUGGAGAUGGCAGAGAUGAGUGGGCUCCAAGAUCCCGGCCAGUCCCACUCCCUCGGGCUCUUCCGUGGGGGUGACCCCACAGAGACACUGCAGGGGGAACAGCUCCUGAAGUCGGCCAUGAAUGAGAUUGAGGGCAUCCAGAGCUUAAUCUGCAGGCGGCUGGGCAGUGCCAAUGGCCAGGUGGAGGAGGGAGGCGGCCCCUCGGGCCUCCCCCGGAGGGCAGAGACCUUUGGGGGUUAUGACAGCACUGGCAGCCCCAGCAGGAAUGGCAGUUUUAAGAAGAAGGUCUAUAGCAAUGACCCAAGGCCCCGAGAUUGGAGGGGGCCUGCCAGCAGCCCGGACAUGAAACUCAGAGAUGGUGAUGCGCCAGGAGGCAGCAAAGAGUCACGGCAAGCGGGUGAGGUGGUCAAGGCAGAGACUGGCCCCCGUCUGCCCACUAUCCUGGAGUCCGAGCUUGUCCAGCGAGUCCAGACGCUGUCGCAGCUGCUCCUAGGCCUGCAGGCUGUCAUCGCACAGCAGGACAGCUACGUAGAGAUGCAGCGGGCAGCCAUCCAGGAGCGGGAGAAGCAGUUCCGGCUGCAGUCCACGCGCGGGAACCUGCUGCUGGAGCAGGAGCGGCAGCGCAACUUCGAGAAGCAGCGGGAGGAGCGCGCGGGCGUGGAGCGGCUGCAGAGCCAGCUGCGGCAGGAGCAGCAGCGCUGGGAGCGUGAGCGCAUGCGCCAGCAGCAAGAGCUGGAACUAGCGGGCGCGCGCCUGCAGGAGCGCGAGGACGAGGCACGGCAGCUGCGCCUGCGCUUGGACCAGGAGCGCUCAGAUCUGGAGCAGCACCGCCAGGCCUACCAGCAGGACCUAGAGCGGCUGCGCGAGGCCAUGCGCGCCAACGAGCGCGAGCGCGAGCGACUGGAGCGCCAGGACCUACUGCGCAAACUCAAGAAGCAGAACACGGCGCCCGGGGCACUGCCGCCAGAGGCGCUGGCCGAGGCCCAGCCCCCAAGCCACAACCCCAGCUUCAAUGGGGAAGGGCUGGAGGGGCCAUCAGCCCCCACCAAAGGGACCCGGAUGAGCAUGCUCCUGUCGGGGGCCGGGCCUGAUUGUGUGGAGCGCCCGGAGGUGGCUCGCCGGGACAGUGCCCCAGCCAAGAGCGAUGUGCCCAUCCAGCUGCUGAGCACCACCAACCAGACCCAGAGGCAGGCAGCUGUGCAGCAGCAGAUCCCUACCAAGCUGGCCGCGUCCACCAAGGGCAGCAAGGACAAGGGCAGCAAGAACAGAGGCUCCCAGCGCUGGGAGAGCUCAGCAUCAUUCGACCUGAAGCAGCAGCUGCUCCUCAACAAGCUCCUGGGGAAGGACGAGAACACGUCGAGGAACCGGCGCUCGCUCAGCCCCGUCCUGCCUGGCAGCCACAGUUCUGUGCCCACCCCAGAUCUCUGCUUCCCGGCCCUGCCUGGGGGUGCCCCCGUGCCCCCACCCCCCUCACCACUGCCGGCCACACCCCUGGCCAGCAAAGAGGAAGCCAGCAAGGAAGAUGUCAUCUUCUUCUGAGGGGUGGAGACCCCAAGUGCAGGCCCUGCUCUGUCCUGCACAGCCUCUGUAUCUCUGGUAACCCCCCCCAACGUGGGGUGACUAUGCCUGAUCAGCUGACCCCUUUCCUGCCUAAGCACCCCCCUCUCUGAUGCCCGCCUGGCCAGGUACUGCAGUCUAUGGGUUCUUUGUAAGGGAUGGGGGACUCCCCCAGGGAUGCCCCCAGAUCUGUGUGGGAGCCUGAACCCACGCUCAGCCAAGGAGCUACUUUGAACCAGAGCACCCUGUUAUGUAGGGAGAAGUGGUUUUCUGGGCAGCAAGAAGUGUGGGUUCCCCCAGGAGCCGGAAGAGACCUCCAUGUCAGGAGGUCACCAUGAAGCUUGGGCAUCAUCAGGGCAACCGUAGGGGUGGAUGUUCAAAGCCAGGCAGAGACCCCCCCUCCUCCAGCAGUGACAGAUCCUCAGCCAACAAGUGAGGGAGGCUGUGGGCUAUGGCGGACCAUGGAGCUCAGCUUAAAGGGAGCUACCACCCGUUGCCCCUUGUAACCUGACAUAGAUUAUUUCCAAACACUGCGUCUCAAGAACACCCCCCCACUCCACCCCUCAGCCUGUCUGGGAGGCUGAGCCCUCAGGUUCCAGCCAGAGCAGACACCCCCUAAGUGGAAGGGUCCUCAGUCCCCAUGAAAUGGAUAGGUUUCCCCCCAGGCUCCCCAGGGACUAGUGUCCCUGCCACACAGGCAUGUGGAGGAAAGGCAUAGGGAUAGGAAAGGCAUAGGUGGCUUGUGUUGGUGCCUCCAACUUUGCAUUGAGCCACUCAAGCUGUGGGUGAACCACACAGAGGAAAAUGGGCCGAUCUCCAAUGCCCAGGCCCAGCCCGGCUGCUCAGAGCCAAGCCUGGCUGCCUACAGUAGGACUUGGCAAUAAGACCAGGUCCCAAGCUGCUCACUCUAGUUCUCAUGGGUUCUUGGACCCCAACCAGGGCCAAAUGAGCUUCCUGGGCCCCAGUGAAGACUUGUCUUGCCAGUGCCCCACCGGGCCAUCCCCAAUACUGGGCAGGCACAGAGGACUGGAAGCCAUGAGGAAGUGCCCUCCUAGGCAGCAACCCCUGUAAGGCAAGGUUACCAGUGCCCUGGGGACCAGGCAGGUGCAGACAGUAGCUGGGGUCCAGCCAGUGGUGGUGACAGGACUUGAGAGCACAACAGGUGGCGUGGUAUCCCCCAACUUUGUCCCCCCCAAGCGUCUUAGAACCUCAACUUUGCGCACGCUGGUCCUCUUCCGUUCAUAACUGUCUCUCCUGUGUCCAGAGCGCCCCUCCCCCAGCACACCUGUGCCAUGUUCCAGUGUUUUGUACUUUUGUACUGAGAUUUAUCCAAGCACUUUAGAAGAGCAGACUAAAUCCCUGCUGUUUUAGAACCCUGCCUAGCACCAGUGGCAAUCCCCUUCCCACCCCCCCCCCCGUGGCCACACACCUGUCCCCCAAGCUGGCAUGUUCCAGUCCUAGCCAGAGAAGCCAUGUGGUGGGGACCAGGUC